AUGAAAAUGCGCAAAGACAUGGUCACCUUCCUGUUUGGGAUCAUAGCGUCCAUUCUCCUCUUCGUGGUAGGGGGGAUGCUUGACAGCGUCAACUACAUUUUAGGAUGUUACACAUUCGUAGGAUUAGUUUUGAUGAUGUACAGCAUACUCGCGUUUCUCGUUCCAAGCACGAAGAAGUCAAGAGAUUUUGUCUUCUCGUACGGAGUCACCACCGCAUGCAUGUUCGUGAUAUCGCUAAUGAUUCACAUAGUAAUAGUUGAUUCGCACGUAAAAUCAUCAUGCAAAUAUAGCAAUGGCAAUUGCAUGAAAUAUGUAUUUAUAUCCGUGUGUGGGUUUACUUCAACUUUCUGUUUCCUAGCUGCUUCGAUAAUGACGUUCAAGGUGAUCCACGUUUGGUAG